AUGCUGCGCAGUGGGCUUGCUAAUGCGCACGAGCAGCCGAGGCCGAUCACGCUACGGAUCCUCAACGGGUCGUUCCCGGAUGGCCUGCGUGGGAGCCUGUAUACGCUGGGGCCUGGCCGGUUUGAUAUCAAGUAUAAUGUCCAGCGCGAGCUGGAGCAGGCGACCCAGACGUUCACGUUCGGCAAUUUGAUGGAUGCGCUGCCGUUGCUGGGCAACACACGCAGCCCCGGAGCCCUGUACCAGACGGACACAAACCAGACAUUCUUGAACAUGUUCAUUCCCAAGGGUGCGCAUUACAACACAUCAGAGGGCGAGUGCUGCAACCAGGACAUCCAGCUGUUCAUGCCGCUGCAGGGCUCGACGCAAAACAUUGUGACAGCCAACCACAUGGGUGCCGUUCAGAACCUGGAUCCUGAGGACCUGCGUCCGCGCUCGGUGCUGGAGCUCAAGGACAUCAACCAACUGUUCAAGGCCCACCUGAGCAGUGCCCAUAUGCAAUACGACGCCAACACGCGCGAGUACUUUACUGUCACUCAGGACGUAGGGUUCCGCUCGACCACCUACAACGUGGUGGCGAUCAGCGAGGCCCACCCGGAGGGAUACGUCGUGGCCAACUUCUUUGCCCAGGCGUCGGUGAUGCACAGCUUCUCGAUCACGCAGGACUACAUCAUCGUGCCCGUCUACCCGUAUGCAUCGCCAAUCGGUGGCAACUACCGGUGGGGUGAUUCGCUGCUGGAGUCCCUGGCGUUUGCACCCAACCAGCCGGUACAGUUCUACGUUAUCAGCCGCGAGUACCGCCGCGUGCAGUGUGUGUACGAGGCGCCGUCGUUCUUUGCGCUGCACCAGAUCAAUGCCGUGCAGGAGAGCGCGACAGACUCGGUGAUGAUCGACCUGGUGGCUUACGAAGAUGACACAAUCCUGAGGAAGCUGCGCGUCAAGCAGCUGCGGCACCCGUCAACCGGGUACUUCUUGCCGUCGGGCCAGGUGCGCCGCUACCAGCUGAACGGUAUUACCAUGGAGGCAGCAAAGUUUGUCGAGAGCCGCGGGAGGACGGCCGUGGUGCCGCCGGCGCAUAUGACGAUUCUCAGACCGGAGCCGAUUGAGCUACCGCGGAUCAACCCGGUGUUUGACCUGAAGCCGUACAAACUAUGUGGGCUGGCAGCGCACAUGAACACCAACACAAUGUACAAUUGCAUCGUCAAGAUCGAUACCAACGACCCAAUGGUCAGCCCGCUGGUGUGGCACCGCAAGGGAUGCUAUCCGAGCGAGCCUGUGUUUGUGCCCAAGAGCGACAACGAGGACGACGGAUACCUGCUGUCGGUGUUCUUUGACAGCACGCUGAUCAAGAGCUGCCUGCUUGUGCUUGACUCCAAGACCCUGGAAGAGCUCACCAUUGCUGAGCUGCCGUCGGCAGUGCCGAUUUCAUUUGGACAUGCCAAGUUUGCCAUCUAA